AUGGCAGCAUAUACUGCGCAGCCGAAAUAUGUUUUAUUACGGACCUCAAGUAGUCCCACGAGCCAAACAAAUCUAGCUCGGACAACAACAAAUCCACAGUACCGUUGUCGCUUAGUCGGCAACAUGGAUCUCGAACGAAGUCUUCCCAAUUUAAGCAUCGAUGAUAUGCCAUGGAGAUCACAACAUGACCAGCCACAACAGCCGUGGGCUUCUGGCAUGCCUGGUGGAGGAGCAUCGGGCGCACAAGCAGGAUGGGGUCACAUGUCUCCACAGAUGCGCAAUCCAUGGCAGGAUCCGAAUGCACUAGCACAAGGCGUAAAUGAUGCUCUGGGAAUCGGCGCUACUCCUGGUGGACAAGGAAGUUGGGGUGCGCCAAUGGGAGCGGCACCAGGCGACUUCGGUGAGGCCGCGAAAAUCUGGUCCGACCCUCACGUAGAUCAACAGCAACAACAGUUUAACCCCAUGCACGGACAUCAUCGAGGAAUGAACGGGAUGAUGGACCCACAAGGUGGGAGCGAUUGGAUGGGUGCUACUCCAGGCCUCAACCAGAUGCCGUUAUGGGGUGAUUUACAAAAGCAAGACCAUGAUGGUUACUGGAAACAUCAACAGCAAGCUGGCGGUUGGGGUGGACCACCGAGUGGCUUAGGUGCGUGGCCACCACGUCAAAUGCAUCCGAACGCCCCACCGCCUCAACACGGCGCACAUGGACAACCACCGCGAAUGUUUGUGCAGCGACCACCACAAGUAUGGGCACCAAAUGGUGGAAUGAUGGGUGGACCACCAGUUGGGAAACAAGCAAUGCCAUGGGAUCAGCAACGUAUGACGGGUAUGCCACGGGGUGGAAUGGGCCGAGGUGGUCCAGCGGGCGGCCGGUAUCCUCCUGGUGGAAUGGACAUGAGCGUACCUCCUCCGAUCGACUUGCCUCUGAGUGGAAUGUCUGGAAUGCGGCAGAUGGCUCCACCGAAUGCUGCAGGAACAUGGAAGCCUGAGAUUGGCGUGGCACCGAAUGGCAUACGAGGCCCAACGGCAUUUGGACAGAUGGCUGCUCCACUGAUAAUGUCCGGAAAGCCGCAGGCUGCACCAAAUCAGUUCCCUAUCGGUGGUGUGGACGAUCUGAUGUGGCACGAUCCAAAUGGAGAUUUGAAAAAAUGGCAGCGAGAUACUGGAGUGUCCUUGUGGGGCGAUCCGGAGAAAAAUAAUGAGCGCCCUGUACGUUUAUGGAUGAUAGGCGAAGGUGAAGAAGAGGACUUAGAGGUGGCAUUGAUGAAAUGCCCGGUUCCGCAGAAGAAGAAUGAGGAUGGUUCGGCUCGGUUGCCGUUCCCGAUACCUGCCAAACGCCCUAUCGUAGUGACCGGAUGGGGAGAACUGCCAGAAAAUGAUCCCAAUAACCCGAUAAAACAUGAUGAAGCUCAACCCGGUUCUGGAAAGUGGGGGGAUAUUCCUUCACAUUCACAACACACUAGUGACUCGCCAUGGUUCUUGCCUUCUCAACAACAACCUCAACCAUUCGCUCCAGAAGCCCCUGCCUGGGGACAGCCAAAUACAGCCGCUGCCCCAAUGCCUCCUGGCCCCUCGCAACCUCAUACUCAAGCCGUCGCUGACCAGUUAAAGUACGCGGUAGAUAAGGGUUACCUUGAUAUGUCGGUGCUGCAACAGACUAAUUUACCGCCCCAUGUUCUCCAACAUAUGAAUCAAAUGCUAGCUCUCAUACCAGCACUUGAAUGCUGCGAGGCUGAGCUGAAAAUGCUUGUUGAUAGUGUGCGCCCAGAUGGUGAGGUGGACGGCAAUAGUCCGCAGAGGUGGAUGAAUGAUGUACAAAAGGUAGAGUACAAUCGCUUGAUAAUCGAAGUGACGACGGUCAAAAUUGAAGUAGCUGAGUUGUCCAAGAAGAUCCAGCGAGGCCUUGCCGACGCUGGCAUGUCGAGUGGAAUAGGCGAAUCGCCAAUGCAAUUCAGCAAAACGCACCUCUUGACUCACCAUCUUUCUGACCAUCUCCACCAGCAGCAGCACCGUAUUCUCAUAUCGAAUCCGAGAUCCUCCGCAAACUAUCUUCCUACACACGGGCCGCGUUACGCCUUUCCUAAAUCUCAACCCAUAUGCUAA